AUGGUCACUCCACCCCCAUCAUCUCUGCCCCCAGGUCUCAUCCCUUUCCCCUGCUCCCCUCCCCACACCCCUGUCCUUGUCUCAUCCCUCGUCCCGCAUAUGACGUCACUUCUCAUCUCUGAUCCUCACAACUCGGCUCCUCUGUGCCACCCCUCACUCUACAUCACGUCACGUUUCCCUUGCCCCCACAUUAUGUCAUGUCUCUUUUGUCCCCUACGUCCUGUCUCCUCCGCCCCACACUCCAGGUCAGCACCCCAUGUCGCAUCUCGGGUCAGCACGUACCGUCCACCUCUUCCAACCACUCCUCCGCCCGCAACCUCUCUGCCUGUAAGCCCCGGCACAUUUCCCCCGCCACUCAUCCCCGUCACGUCACGUCACUCAUCUCCACAGACGCCACGUCACAUCCCUUCCAGUCUCCUCAGCCCGCCUCGUCCCGUCCGUCUCCAUGUGCAGUGUCUCAACACAUCCGUUACUCGGCACCACGUGCGCAGUCGGAAGCUGCAGACACCGGACGUGCGACACCCACAUGGCCUCACCUGGAGUAGCAGCCUCACGUCAGGAUGUCCGGCCUUGUCCGCCACAACACGCGUCACGUGCCGCAGGCUCAGCUCACUUCCUGCACAGCACCGCAAGGUCUCCGGGACCCCGCACGCCUGCGUCCCAGGGCCCAGUGCGAAGGCCGAACCCGGCCCCAGUCAGCCAGCGGUCCCGGACUUGUUUCCAGGGCCCCAGGAGUCCCAGGGCCCAGUCCAGGCCGGGCCUCCACAGCCGCCCUCAAAUGGCGGGAAAGGCCACGUGGGCAGAGGCCACGCCCCCGUGCGGGGUCGGCGCAGGCCCCGCCCAGCCGCGCCUCAGCGCCGCCGUCCCUCAGGCGGCCGAGGCCGCGCACACCUACCACACCGGGGACGCCCUCAGACCGGCCUUCAUCCCCGGAGGACGUCGGCGGCCUGCGGGCCUUGA